AUGCAAACUUAUUACUACGCCUUAUGGUUGUUAACUUUAAGCGUUGUUUUGAUCAGUUCGAGAUUUAUUUAUCGACCAAUCAACAAUGAACAAAAUGAAGAUAUAUAUGAUCCAAGUCCUUCUUUUUUGGAUUAUAUUUAUCCACCUAGUAGUCUUGCAGCAUAUUUAAAUAACCUUCAUGCUUUAGAAAUGCAUGAUGGUAAAUUAAAUGAUGAUGAUGGAAUGUUAUUCGAACGGGAAACAAAAUCAAUUAGAAAAGGUGAUCCACGAGAAUUUAUGGGAUAA